AUGCCUUCUUACUUGGCCAUUUAUCUGAAACUUUCUAUAUGGAACAACCCUUUAGGUUUGUGGAUCCUAAACACCCUAUCCAUGUUUGUUUUACUGCAAGAAUCCCUCUAUGGAUUGAAACAAGCACCAAGGGCAUGGAAUGAAAGGUUCAGCAAAUAUCUUCUAGCUUAUGGUUUCUUGAAUUCAGUUUGUGAUACUUCAAUGUUUAUUUAUCAAAAGGGAGAUGCAAGAAUGACACUGCUGGUCUAUGUGGAUGAUAUUAUUCUAGUAGGCUCUUUAGUUGCUCUUAUGAAUUCAUUCAUUGGUUCUCUCAAAACUGAGUUUUCCAUGAAAGAUUUGGGUCUUUUGGACUAUUUUUUAGGCAUUGAGGUUACAUAUGGUUCUACAUCUAAGAAGUUAUUACUGACACAAAACAAGUAUUCCUUGGAAAUUUUAAAGAAACAUGAUAUGAUGGGUUGUAAACCUUGCAAGACACCAGUUUCUCAAGGCCAAAGAGCUUCAGUGUGUGAUGGAACACUCUUAUCUGAUGUUGCUUCUUAUAGAAGUUUAGUGGGUAGUCUUCAGUACUUGACCCUCACCAGACCAGAUAUCAGUUAUGCAGUUAAUUAUGUGAGUCAAUUUCUGCAUUGUCCAACUGAUGUUCAUCUCCAACUUUCCAUUGAGGUAUAUCAAGGGAUUACUCUUAGUGCUGGCAAUGGUUCUGAGUUACAAGAUUUUAGUGAUAGUGAUUGGGCAGGCUGCCCUGAUACUAGAAAAUCUACUUCAGGCUAUUGUGUUUUUGUUGGUGGUAACCUUGUAUCCUGGUCUUCAAAGAAGCAGCAAACUAUUUCUCGUUCUUCUACAGAAGCAGAAUAUCGUGGCUUAGCUAAUGCUGCUGCAGAAAUUUUAUGGUUGUCAUAUUUGUUUGAAGAAUUGUUAGUUCAUCUCUCCUUUCCUUGCAAGUUAUUCUGUGAUAAUCAAGGUGCUGUCAGUCUCACUGCUAAUCCCACUUUUCAUGCGCGCAACAAACAUAUUGAGGUGGACUAUCAUAUGAUUCGAGAUCUUGUUCGAUUUGGUUUUAUCAGAGUCUCCUACAUUCAUACUUCUCAUCAGGUGGCUGACAUAUUCACUAAGGGACUCUCCAAAUCUCAGUUCAGUCUGCUUAAAUCCAAACUUAUGCCUGUUGUACGUACAUCAGUUUGA